UAGGAAGGCUUCGAGAUGAAAUUUCCCCCUUCCAUUAUAUCCUUGGCUUGGAUAUUUCCCUCGGAAAACUCCUGUUGCAUUGCACACUGGUCAUUCAUUCUGUACUCUGAAUUUCAGGCCAAGUCCUGCGUCUGCCAUGUGUGUGGUGUCCACCUGAACCGGCUACACUCUUGUCUCUACUGUGUCUUCUUUGGCUGCUUCACAAAGAAGCACAUCCAUGAGCAUGCCAAGACAAAGCGGCACAACCUGGCCAUUGACCUCACAUAUGGAGGUAUAUAUUGCUUUUUGUGUCAGGACUACAUCUACGACAAAGAUAUGGAAAUAAUUGCCAAAGAGGAACAGCGGAAGGCUUGGAAGAUUCAAGGUGUUGGAGAGAAGUUUUCAACUUGGGAACCAACCAAGAGGGAGCUGGAACUGCUGAAACACAACCCAAAAAGGAGGAAGAUCACUUCCAACUGUACCAUAGGUCUUCGAGGGCUGAUAAACCUUGGAAACACAUGCUUCAUGAACUGCAUUGUCCAGGCUCUAACCCACACACCGCUCCUUAGGGAUUUCUUCCUGUCUGACAGGCACCGCUGUGAGAUGCAGAGCCCCAGCUCCUGCCUGGUGUGUGAGAUGUCCUCGCUUUUUCAGGAGUUUUACUCCGGGCACCGGUCUCCACACAUCCCAUACAAGCUGCUACACCUGGUGUGGACACACGCACGUCACCUGGCGGGCUACGAACAGCAGGAUGCACAUGAGUUUCUCAUUGCGGCGCUGGAUGUCCUGCACCGACAUUGCAAAGGUGACGACAAUGGGAAGAAGGCCAACAACCCUAAUCACUGCAACUGCAUCAUCGACCAGAUCUUCACGGGUGGGCUGCAGUCAGAUGUCACCUGCCAAGUCUGCCACGGAGUCUCCACCACCAUAGACCCCUUCUGGGACAUCAGUUUAGAUCUACCUGGCUCCUCCACUCAAUUCUGGCCCCUAAGCCCAGGGAGUGAGGGCAGCAUGGUAAACGGGGAAAGCCACGCAUCAGGCACUACAACACUCACGGACUGCCUGCGGAGAUUUACCAGACCAGAACACUUAGGGAGCAGUGCGAAGAUCAAGUGCAGUGGCUGCCAUAGCUACCAGGAGUCCACCAAGCAGCUCACCAUGAAGAAGCUGCCCAUCGUGGCCUGCUUUCAUCUCAAACGGUUUGAGCACUCAGCCAAGCUGAGGCGGAAGAUCACCACAUACGUGUCUUUUCCCCUGGAACUGGAUAUGACACCUUUCAUGGCUUCCAGCAAAGAGAGCAGGAUGAAUGGGCAGUACCAGCAGCCCACAGACAGUCUCAAUAAUGACAACAAAUACUCCCUGUUUGCUGUUGUUAACCAUCAAGGGACCUUGGAGAGUGGUCACUACACCAGCUUUAUCCGGCAGCACAAAGACCAGUGGUUCAAAUGUGAUGAUGCCAUCAUCACCAAAGCCAGCAUCAAAGACGUGCUGGACAGCGAAGGGUACCUGCUGUUCUACCACAAACAGUUCCUGGAAUAUGAGUAGCCUUAUCUGCAGCUGGUCAGUAAAAAGGAGGGCAACAAGUUGGCAAGCCUUGUAAGAUGACCCCAUCCUCCUUGACUCCAUGACACCACCUCCCAUGCCAGCAUCUGUCUCCAUGGUUCCUCUGUGCGGGGAGCCAGUGCCAGAGUGGACGUGCCCUGCAGAGCCUUGUAGGACAUAGCUGAGUGGGGCAUGCACCCUGGUAGGAAAAGGGCCAGGACAUCCUCACUCCCCGCUCUCCUGUCCUCAGAACUCCAUGAGGUUUGCACAGAGCAGCUUCUGCCUGGUGCUUCCUUCCCACAUGCAGAGUUUAAAAGGUGCUCACCUGUUCAAAACUUCUGGGUCCAUUGACUCUGUACAAUAGACAUUCGAGGACAGAGGACUUGCAUGCACCUUUCUCUCAGGAGGGGGUCAUAGUGUGUAGUGUAACCUCCUCACCCCAUCUCCUGCAGCUGUCCAGCAGCUCCAGAGCCUAUAGAUCCCAGGCCUUGCAUGGCUGCAGGUGUCUGUUCCACAGGCAGCUCAGUGUCUCCCUGCAUGUGGAAGCAUCAGCCUAGGUGUUUCCUGGUGUCCUAGGAUAGGCAUCUUCUUAUCCUUCCCUUUCUCUCUUUCCCACAGUGGUGGAUUUAUAAAUGCAAUAGUAAAGUGAAUGAUUAUCAAGUUUGUACUAAAAUCUAGAUGGUUUUUCCCUUUUCUUAGAGUGAGCCUUUUCUUAUUAAUGCUAUUUCUGUUGUUCCCCCCUACACACAACUUUUCCCUCCCCAGGAACAGCAUCAAAGGCUGUAGAGAACCGGCUGCCACUCAGAAAGAUCUUUUGAUUAAUGGAGAGUUUCUCUGUGGCUCCAUUAGCCCCCUUCCUCCCCCUUGCCCUUUUUUCUCUCUGGUCAUUGGUCUGGUCCCGUUGCCUUUACAGGGUUGUGUGGUGUCCGUGCAUUGGAUUUGAAGCUGAGGGGUCCCUGUUGUGCGCCUCUGCAUUUGCAGUGAUUUCAGUUGUAAUUGGAAUAAAAUAACUUUGUGAUUGAGCUUAUCAGCAGACCUAAUUAAGGAUGUUUCUUGUCAGAUAUUUUUGCAUGAAUCUUUCAAUUCAAACCUAAACUCAUAUCACCCAUUUCUGAGAAAUGACAGCCUGAGGAUUUGAGGGUAGGAGUGCAGUUUUAACCUAGCUCAUGUCCCUGCCUGGUCUGCAACAGCUGUCUGUAUGUGUUGUGAGGUGUUCGUCCUGGAGGAGCAGGGCAUGCUGUAGCCAGGUCCACAAUACUGCUCUUAGAGCCAGGAUGCAAGCUGUAUAGGCUUUGUGGGCUGUACCUUUUCUGUCACAGGUAGUGCUGAAUAGUGAGCAUGCUGUGUUCCAGUACAUAGUCCUGUAUUCAUGGACCGUGAAAUUUGAAUUAUGUAAAAUUUUCAAUUGUUAAGUUUUUUACUUUUUGAAAAUGAGAAAACUCCUUAGCUGACUGGCCACACAAAAAGGCAGGCAAGGUCUGGUUCAUAGCUAGGUAAGUUGGGUUGGAGGCAGUGAACACAGGAAACACCAGUCACAGAGAGGUGCCAGGUUACAAAGUAGCCACAGUUGUACAGUGUGUCAGUUCUUACUUAGUUCAUUUCUCUGUUGUAUUUCUGCAUUUAAAGAACACAUGUUGAUGUGUGAUUUAAAAUAAGCAUCUUCAGAGGAAUUUGGAUGGUCCCAGAUAUUCAGGCCUGGCCCCAUGCCACCAGGCUCUGUGUGUCUGACUGCUGCGAAGCUCUCUCUCGGAAGAGACGUUAUCUCUUACAUAGGAACAAAUCUGUUGGAAAGGAGAUAUGGCUGAAGUCGUCCUUUAGGAAUCAGCCGUGAAGCCCUUCCUUCGGUGCCCUGCGAUGCCUGGCCUCACUGGUUGUCUGGGAACAGGUGUGAAACAAUCUGGUGUGCCAACCAGGCCUGGUGCCUAUUCCCACCCACCCCCUACCUGCCUCUGCUUGUGUACAGUGGCAUUGUUUUGUCGUGGAACAUUAUCUGUGGAAAGAGCCACAUUGGUUUUUUUAUAGGCAUUAUUUUAAACUUUUAUAUUCAGAUUAUUCCCCUGGUCUGUGGUUUUGGCUUUUAAAGUACUCUCUGGGCCAGAGGCUCUAUGUAUCACAUUCCUACACAGCCUUGCCUUUAUGCCAG